AUCGCCCACCAAACUCCAAAACUGUAACACACACAACCAGCGUACUACGCACUCUUUCUUUCCAAUUCCAAUUUUCAAACCCUAAAAAAUCCCGCGAAACCAAAAUUCCCUCCCUCCGCACCGCAACACAAAAGACUUCUCCAACACGCCCCACGAAAUCCCCAAACUACCCCUCUCACACAGUUCCAUCUUCUCCCGCAAGCUUAACCCUCAAAAUUUUAAAAUUUUCAAAUCCCCGCUCCAUUUUUUCACUUCUCCCUAUAUAAACCCUCCGCUCCCAAACUCAAACCCUAACCUUAACCUUCAAUCAAAACUCAAAACUUCUCUUUUCUUUCAUUCUCUCUCUUUUAUUCUUAUCAUCACAAUGCCUUCAAUUCCCGAAGAGCCCCUCCUGGCUCCGAACCCGGAUCGCUUCUGCAUGUUCCCAAUCCAAUACCCGCAAAUCUGGGAAAUGUACAAGAAAGCCGAAGCCUCGUUCUGGACGGCGGAGGAGGUGGACCUCUCCCAGGACCUCCGCCACUGGGACUCCCUCACCGACGGCGAGCGCCACUUCGUCACCCACGUCCUCGCCUUCUUCGCCGCCUCCGAUGGCAUCGUCCUCGAGAACCUCGCCGGGCGCUUCACAAAGGAGAUCCAGCUCCCCGAGGCCCGGGCCUUCUACGGCUUCCAGAUCGCCAUCGAGAACAUCCACUCCGAGAUGUACAGCCUCCUCCUCGAAACCUACAUCAAGGACUCCGACCAGAAGAACCACCUCUUCCGUGCCAUCGACACCAUCCCCUGCGUCGCUAAGAAAGCCCAGUGGGCCCUUCGCUGGAUCGAUUCCUCCGACUCCUUCGCCGAGCGUCUCGUUGCCUUCGCAUGUGUUGAAGGUAUUUUCUUCUCUGGAAGCUUCUGCGCUAUCUUCUGGCUCAAAAAACGAGGACUCAUGCCGGGGCUCACUUUCUCAAACGAACUCAUUUCUCGCGACGAAGGGCUACACUGCGAUUUCGCGUGUCUGCUCUACUCUCUGCUGAGGCAGAAGCUCACCGAGGAGCGCGUGAGGGAGAUUGUGAGGGACGCCGUGGAUAUUGAGCGGGAGUUUGUGUGCGACGCGCUGCCCUGCGCGUUGGUGGGGAUGAACGGUGAUUUGAUGAGUCAAUACAUUGAGUUUGUGGCAGAUCGGUUGCUGGGGGCGCUUGGGUGCGGGAAGGUGUACAAUGUUCAGAACCCGUUCGAUUGGAUGGAGCUGAUUUCGCUGCAGGGAAAGACCAACUUCUUCGAGAAGCGCGUCGGGGAGUAUCAAAAGGCUUCUGUUAUGAACAGCUUGAACGGGAACGGUGGGACCCACGUCUUCAAGAUGGAUGAGGAUUUCUAAUUUAUUAUUAUGGGAUUGGGAUUAGGUUUAGGACCGGAUGCUGAUGAUGAUAAUAUUUCACUGUAUUAUUACCGUUGUUACAUACUCCAGUUUUAUGUGCUUUUUUUAUAGUGCUUUUUUUUUUUUUUCUUUUCUUUCGUUAGGGUUAUGUGCUUUUUGUUUGUCUCUGAUCUCUCCUUGAGAAAUGAUAAAGUAUACUUUUCAGCUUAUCA